AUGAAGGUUCAUGGCGAGCAGAGACAAGAUUCAGAUUUCGACACCUUGCAGACUUUUCUCCCUGAGACGCCAAUUCUGGCAUCGCUCGGUGAAAAGGGCGACCUGUUCUUUCAUCACUCCGAAGUAAACGGCGUUACCUUCGAAGAGCUGCAAGAAGGGCAGCUGGUCGAUUACGAAAUCGGCGAAGGCCGUAAGGGGUACGAACUUCGCAGUGCCAGGCAGCAACAAGGAGCCCCAAGGAUGAAAUCGCAUACCGAGUACCUCAAGUUUAACGUGCCGGCUCGCAUGGACUUCUUGAACAUCACGCCCGAGAUCGAACAGGUGCUUCGCAAUAGCGGCAUCUCCGAAGGGCUUCUGCUUUGCAAUGCGAUGCACAUCACGGCCAGCGUCUUCAUCAACGAUGACGAGCCGGGCCUGCAUCACGACUACAAGAAGUGGCUCGAAGAGCUGGCUCCCUUCGAUCCUUCGCCAGAACGCUAUCACCACAAUCGCACUGGCGAAGAUAACGCCGACGCGCAUCACAAACGCCAAAUCAUGGGCCGCGAAGUGGUGGUGGCUGUGACCGAGGGCCGCCUCGACUUUGGUCCCUGGGAACAAAUCUUUUACGGCGAGUUCGACGGUCUGCGUGCCAAGCGGGUGCUGGUCAAGGUGAUUGGGGAAUGA